AUGUUUCCCAAAGGCAAAGGCACCCCGGUGCCGUCGGACAGCCAAGCACGAGAAAAGUUGGCUCUUUACGUUUAUGAGUAUUUGUUACACAUAGGGGCACAGAAGUCUGCACAGACCUUUUUAUCAGAGAUCCGAUGGGAGAAAAACAUAACACUUGGUGAACCCCCUGGAUUUCUACAUUCCUGGUGGUGUGUAUUCUGGGACUUGUAUUGUGCUGCACCGGAGAGGAGAGAGACAUGUGACCACUCCAGCGAAGCAAAAGCUUUCCAUGAUUAUAGUGCAGCAGCAGCCCCCAGCCCUGUGAUGGGAGGGAUGCCCCCUGGUGAUGGCAUGCCAGGAGGACCAAUGCCACCUGCCUUUUUCCAGGGUCCUCCUGGUCCCCAGGGCUCUCCUCACCCUCAGCCUCCUCCCCCUAACAGUAUGAUGGGACCUCACAGUCAGUCAUUCAUGUCACCUCGCUUUGCUGGAGGCCCAAGAGGUCCACCCAUCAGGAUGGCCAACCAGCCACCCGGUGGAGGACCAGGUCCUCAUCCCAUGCUGCCCAACAUGGACCCCACACGGCCACAAGGUCAUCCUAACUUGGGGCCAAUGCAGAGAAUGAGCGGCCCUCGAGGCAUGGGGCCUAUGGGGCCAGGCCCUCAGAACUUUGGUGGUGGGAUGAGGCCUCCACACAACACCAUGGGUCCUGGUAUGCCAGGAGUAAACAUGGGCCCAGGG